ACAAAGUCUAUAGACAUAAUAGUAGAGUGUCAGUAAUGCACUGAUCUCAAUCCCUUCUAUGUUCAAUUGUAGUAAGUACUGGGUACUGGUAUAAUAGUAAGUAGAUUUCCCGGGCCAAGGUCUAUUAUAGACUUAUAUAGUAUUAUGCGGUUCUCCUUUUCUCCGCCAAUUUGGUUUGGCACAGUAUCUUUAAAUUGGGAACUCCAACUCCAAACCCCAUUAUUUCCCAGAUUCUGCUCAACAACCGAAUAGCUCUGAAUGGCUAACUCAAACUCAAAACCAACAGGGGUGGACAGGAUAAGCAAUCUACCAGACUCUCUCCUCUGCCAUAUCCUCUCUUUUCUCACAACCAAAGAGGCUGUUGUCACAAGCAUUUUGUCGAACAGGUGGAAGACACUCUGGACUCUUGUUCCAAAGCUCGACUUUGACAGCUACCAAUUUAAAGAGAUAUCUUCUUCAGAUGAGGAGCAAAGUCCUAAUCAGUUUAAUAGGUACGGUUUUACGUUUGCGCAUAUAGUGUCCAGGGUCUGGGCUCUUCGCAAUCGCAACAAUGCCUAUCCCCUCAAACAAUUUCGCCUCUACUGGCAUUCUGAUUCUGACCCAAUUCAAGUCGAAACAUGGGUCCACGCCGCUCUUUCUCAUGAAUUGGAAGAGCUCGAACUCCACAUUUGUUUUCCUGAACUUUUCAACUUCCCCUCUGCCUUGUUUAAUUAUGCUAAAACAUUAGUAGUUCUGAAUUUAAUGGGCAACAAUGUUUAUGUUAAUCCUCCUUCUUCAGCUCUCCUUGGCUUCCCUAGUCUCAAGACUCUGCAUCUUGAAAAUGUCUGGUAUGCAAAACCUGACUCGUUCUCGAGAUUCCUCAGUUGUUGCCCAGUACUGCAAGAUUUGACUUUGCAUUUACAAACAUAUACGUAUGAUGUUUUGAAAAUCAUUGUACCUACACUCAAAAGAUUAUGUUUAGAUUUCAAUAAUAGUGCUUAUCAGUACAACAAACUUGAGAUAAAUGCCCCAGCUCUGGAGUACCUAGGUUUCAGUGGUUAUGUGAUUGAACAUGUUUUGUUGGGAAAUCUGUCUAACUUAGUUGAAGCAAACAUUGAGGUUGAUUAUGAUGAAAUUAAAGAUUAUGGAAAUAUGAUUAUGGACUUCAUCAAGCAACUCUGUCUCUCAUCAAGCAACUCUCUAACGUUAAAUCCCUUCAUUUGGACUCAGAUCUCACACAAUGCCUUUGUAAAGCUACUAAAUUUGAUCUUCCCAUGUUUCAUAAUUUGGCUUUCUUAAACUUUCGUGUUAGUGCUUGUUUGUGGCAUGUGCUCCCACACUUGCUUCAUCUGGCUCCUAAUCUUGCAGUACUAGUCUUUGAGAAGGAAUGCACGGGAUUUUACGUUUGUGAUGAGGAAGAUACUUCCAUCAUAGAGAGGAUGUUCAAUGAGGACGUUCCAAUAUGUAUAUCAACGCACCUCAAGACAUUUCAUUUUAAAGGAUUUGAAGGGUCAACUUAUGAGCUGAAAUUUG